AAUAUUUGGCAGUGCACGUGGUACAAUUGUACAGAGUAUUUCGUUUUGUAUCGUUUACAAAAAUAUAAUAUAUGUAUCAAAUGUGUCGUGUUCUGUUUAUAUUGACAUUUGCGGGUGCGCUCGCCCAGAGGCCCAGUUUCGAAGUGAACUUCCAGGAAUCCUACCCCACGCACUUCCUCAAUUCGGAUCAGGAAUCGAUUCUGCACAAAAGGGCGGCGGAUGUGCCUCAGUUUUUCGACCAAGCUAGUUUUAGCUUCGAUGGCCUGAAGCGAGUGGCCUCCGUGCCAGUGCCCUUUCCCCUGGACAUUUGCAUGCUCCAACUGCCCACGGUUAAGUACGCUACGACCCUGCACAAAAAUACCGCUGGUCUGCGUCACUUUGCCAUUUUCACCUGGCGCCCGGCUGAGCAGGACUAUCAGCUUCUCGUGCAGCUGGCGGCUCCGGAUGCAAUGGCUCUGGAUUGCCUGGCCUUCGCUGGACAUGGCUACGUCGCUGUGAGCUACAACCUGACCGAACCCGAGGGCUCGGCUCGCGAAGGAUCGCCCAUCUAUGAGCUCUCCCCCGAAACGGGAAUACGAACAGUGCAGUAUUUUGGGGGAACCCAAUUGAGGGGAAUGUACCUGCGGAUCAGCAGCCAGGAGCUGACUCUUCUGCAGGCCUUCGAGUCGGGAGCAAAGUGUCCGUACUUCAAGUGGAUGGGCAGGACUUUCCAGCGACUCGGUUCGAUUCCCUGCAGCAAUGCUCGGCGGCUGGAGGCCUUUGGCAUCGAUUACACGGACUACGUGGCCGUGGCCAACUUCGCAGAUGCCGAGGGACGCACUUCUACUCGCUCAGAGAUCUUCAGAUGGGAUGCCAAAGCCCGGAGAUUCGAGCUCUUCCAACGACUGCGCAGCAAUGGCGCCGUGGACGUGAAGUACUUUAGUCUCCCCAUCAACGAGGUCAGUCGCAGGCACUUUCUUAUCCUGAGCAACACCAUUGGGGGAUCUAGUGCCGAAAAGGGCGAGGCGGACACUGUAAUCUAUGUCUUCGAAAAGGGACAGUUUGUGCCCUAUCAGCGGCUGAGUUUCUAUGCCGUGGAAAGGGUUCUGCCAGUUCAGCACUCCAUCUCCGAGAAGUUCCUACUUCUUGUGGCUUGUAACAAGCAGGAUGUCAAGAUUUACAACCUCAACGAUUGGAGAUUCGAGGAGUCCAAAGUGCAGUUCACCGAAGGAGCUUUGAGUCGUGGAGUGGCCAGAAUGAGAAGCUAUGAAGACGGGGCUCAUAGCUAUUUGGUGAUUGCCAAUGAUAACAUGGCUGCGAAUGAAACGAACAUCUUCCAGCCGCUCUACAAACAGGACGAGCAUGCCAAUAUACUCCGCCAGCAAAUCAUUGACUGGGCUCGGGAGCAAAGAAAGCGGUUGGAAAAAGUAAAUAUAGAGCAGCUAUUGAAGAGACUAGAGCUCAAGCUGAAGCAACGGGAGGAGAAACUGAAGUGGUCGGCCAUUAAACAAGUAAAAGCCAAAUCGUUCGAGGACAAGCACAUGAAGCUAACACCGAAUUACUGGAAAGCCUUACAGCUCACCAAGCAGGCUUUGGAUGCAAUCGAAGAGAAGACAACCAGACAUCCCAUCAAGAGAUCCGCUGACCAGCUAAAUGAUGAACAUGAUUUCGAGGAGGUAACUGUGGACACGCUGGUUGUGCACGGAUCCGUAAAAGCAGACCAUAUCAAUAGAGUUGAUACGAAGAACCCUGUUUACGAGUCCGUGACUGCCAGUAAAGUUUUCGUGAGCGAGAGGUUCACCGAACCCGGAAGGAAAGAAAAGAAACCGCUGCUGAAGGAGCUGACAGUGAAGGAUCUCCAACUAGAGGGCCGGCUCAAUGGCCUUAGGUGGCCAGAACUUCGGGAUCAGAGUCUGAAGCGAAGCGGCAAGGAUGUGCAGUUCAUCAAGGCAGACGCAGACCUGGACCGCCUCCAAUCGGAUGCUGUGCAGGUCAACAACAAUGAGGUAAACGGUCGCCCGUUGGGUCAGCUUAUCCCGGUGGAUGGAGGUCGCUUUAUUGUCCAACAGGAUGUGCAGUUUGCGCAGCCCAUUCAGGUGAAUCGACUGGUUAUCAAUCAGCGGCUUAAUCACAUCAACGUCGACCGUCAGCGAUUUGAUGUGCUGCUCAGGCAGGCGAAUCACACGCAGGUCAUCGAAGGUUCCAAGCGAUUCGAAAACGUUCGUGUCUUGGAACCAAUUACGAUUGCGGGUCAAAUGAUAGGCGCUGAACUGAGAGCCAUGUCGCCAGCAAAGGUCACCCACAAAUCUCUGCAACUCCAAGGAGAUUUCGUUAUUAACGGCGAUGUGACCAUUGGACGGCUGUUGCAAGCAAGAGAUUAUGUAGAUGAGGCUCAGAGAUCAGCCGCAGAAACUUUGAGUCGCGCUCUGCGACUGGAUCAACAUGUGGAGAAUGUAAACCUUAACUUUUUGCAACCACUCAUUGCCAACAACACGGAGCUAAGCUUCCUCAACACCCAAGACUUGCAAAAUCUGGUCAAACUGAACGUGGAAAAAGUGCAGUUGGUGCAGGCAAGUAAAGUGUUUCCGCAAAGUGUGGAGAUAUCUGAUGGCUUCGGCGAGGUCAAGUGGUUGAAUGGCAUUGAUUCGGAGAGGCUUCCGGAAAUGCUGCUCACAAGGAGUGGAAACCAGAACAUUUCCACGCCAAUUCAAUUGCAAGACUUGGAAGUGAGUCAGUUGAAUGCAUCCCAGGUAUUGUUAAAUGGCUUGGAAUUGGAGGAAUAUCUUCAAGUUGACAAGGAUCAGGAGUCAAAUGGAACCCUGUUUGUAGAGAACUUGAAUGUUGAGGAAAUGAAGGUGGAAGAUCUUCACUUGAAUGGCCGCCUAUUUAACCAACCACUGGCCAGGAUCUAUGAACAUGGAAGCCAAUCUUUGGACCAAUGGCACCUGCCACCCGACUUCAAUGGCACCCUCUACGCCCAGAACCUGUGGCUCAGUGGCAGCAUCAACCAGGCGAACGUGGCCUACUUGGAGCAGCAGUUGCAGCAAUUGGCGGGCAACAUCAAAUAUGUGGGCGACUUUAGCUUCGAUCAUGACGUCAACAUCAGUUCUUUAAGCUUUGGAAGUUCCCUGAAUGGCAUUGAAGCCCAUCGAUUUGGCCGCUGUUGGCUGGAGUCCGAGGGAGACCAAAACUUCACGGCUCCCCAGGAGCUGGCUUCGCUGGAGAGCAGCAAAGGCGUCUGGUUAGCCGGACAACUGAACAACCAUACAGUGGAAGAUCUGGUGAGCCGGAGCUACAGGCUCAAUGCCUCGGAGCACCUGCAAUCAGUGCGAUUUGAGAAUCCCAUUGUGCUGCAAUCGGAGCUUCACUUGGGUCAGCUGAAUGGACUCCGCGUGCCCGAGGAUGUGAUCUACCAGAACCACGGGGGAUACCUCUCUGUUCCAGUUAGCAUAGAAGGCAACUUGGAGGCAGCAGAGCUGUCCAACAUCACCAUCCUGAACGGAUAUCCUCUGGAGGCCUUAGAAAGGUAUUUAGGUGGGCAAACUCUGGACACUUUUGUGGCGGAGAAUGUAAAGUUCGGAGAAGCCCCUUCCUACCAGCUGCUAAAUGGUCAGGAGGUCAGCAAGCUUCUGGAUCAAGUGUGGCUGGAUAACGAGCAGAUUGAGCUGAGCGGAUUGGAGUUGGAUUCCGCCCAGUUUAAAGGACUGCUGGAGUUCCAGGGACCCCUCAACGGGCUGCGAGUGGAACACAUAAGGGAGAACUAUUUCAGCCGGACGCGCAGCAAUCUGAUGAAAACUCCCCUGAGCUUCCAGCAUGACGUCACAUUCGUACAGCCUCCAGUCGCACAGUACGUGGAACUACGACGUGGCACUAGUGACGUUUCAAUGGAGGGCAUCGCCAGCAAUUUCUCUCUGGACUUUAAUGAUUUCGUGGCCCACUCGUUGAAAACAGGCGGAGUGCAUGCUAUUAGUGGAAAAUGGGAUCUGAAAGAGGUCUCGGUUAAAGGAAACUUAAAGAAUGCUCUCAUAAAUCAGUUAAACCUAGUUGAUGAUAUAGUAAGAGUACCAGAAAAUAAUAGCAGCAUGAGUCCCUUGACAAUUGAAGCACGGAAAACCAUCCAUAGUGCCACUAUAAAUUACCUUCAUAAUAACCCCGCUAGUCUGGUGGCCGAAAUCCCACUAGACAAGUGGAUCAAUGAAGCAGCCUAUAUCUACGGGAAUCACAGCAUUGCUGGCACUACCCGCCUGGACAAUGUGAAUCUCUACAACGAUCUCAUCGUAAAGGGGACUGUAAAUGGCGUUCCCUGGCAGUCAGAUAAGCUGCUUUUGAGGGACCAGAAACAGGAUAUUCAGGGAUCCCUGCUGGUGGCCAACAACCACCCCGUGCGGCAGCAAAUAUUUAGCAACAAUGUGGAGAAUCUUUGGGUGGACUCUGUCAAUGGGCUGUCGGUGAAUGAGUUGCUAGCUAACAAGGCACAAAACCGUCCAAAUCUCCACGUUGAGAGCCAAAUGAUCUUCACCCAGCCACUAACAGUGGGUCACUACGAGGUGAGCAAUGAUAAUGAACUUAUGGAUACAAAUUACAAAAGAAAGCGGGGCAUCAGCACGAAUGGAAUUGAUCUUUGGCAGCAGCUUCGGAAGAACUUUGCAGCUGUAAAAAACAGAUUGUCCAAACCUCCAAAAGUGCUGGAAAAUUUCGCCCUGCUGCAGCAACUUCCUCAUGAAGCCUCAGAUAUCAAGACGAUUUCCUCGGAGAACAACGAUUUUCUAGCCGUUUGGGAACGCAACUCGAGCCAAGUAAUCCUUUACAUCUGGCACCCGGAUAAACAGCUCUUCGCACGCCAUUCAAGCCCGUCAGCACUGACACAGCUCAACAAGCAAAACAUGGAUAAAUAUACUAGCGAUGCCGACUCCUCAAAGAAAUUAGAGUUGGAAGUAUUCGGUUUUAAGUGCCGCGCACUACAAGAAGCCAACCAGAUUGUAAUCCAAUGCCUAAACAAACAGAACAACAGCAGGGAAGCAAUCUUGGCCAGACGCGAUGUAAAACAGUUGUUGGCAGUUGCCGAUACAGACGCCAUGCCUAUUCUACUCAAGACCUCCAGGGCUGUGGAGCUUUGGAAGUGGAGCAAUGGGAAUUACUCCCUCGUGAGCAGACUGGUGGAUGGGCAGGUGGAACAAAUAGAGCGCAUCCAACGAGGAGCCGGCAUGGAGGCCGGUUAUGUGGCACUCCUGGCUUCAUCGCCAGCAGCAGAAAUCCGCAUUUACAGCUUUAACACUGCCGACAUGAGCGACUUUCAACUAGAACAAGUCCUCGGGCUACAGGACUCUCAUCAUCCACGGGAAAUGCGGUUCAUGCAUCUGCCGGAGUCGCAGGAUCUGCUGCUGUGCGUAUCUAAUGUGUUGUCACACCAACCGCUCACCAUCUACCGGCAUCUCGGGGCAGCAGGAUUCCAGCAAAUCCUCGGCGACAGUGCCCUGCCAAAUGCACGAGCCUUGGAAGUGCUCCAGCUGCCAAGCCGAAAGCUCCGCCUGUUGUCCGUGGCCACGGAGGCGGCCGUCUACUUGCUGCAGCCACAAUUUACCACACUUUAAGUCACUCUUGUUUUGUUUUUUCUAAAUAAAAAUUACUUUUUAUUAACCGUG